GUUACACAGCUAGAGCAGACUUGGGCGCCUAUACAGUCAUUGCUGCUAGCCUUGAACGCCAUCUUGGAUCUAGAUGGUUUUUAAACGGGGAAAACAGGAAAAUGGACAGAAAAAUAGAUACUUUCGCUCUUGUUUUGUAAUUUCCCCCAUUGGCUGAUGAUGAAGAAACACGAGUCAUGACAUCACCGCUUUAUUUGCUGAUAUAGAGGUCCAUAAAAUCGGUUAAAUCUGAGAGGAAAUAGGAUUGUGGACUGAGGAAAUUUCCGGAGUUUACUGUAACUUGUUUUGUUUGUUUAUGUUAUUUAACCCGGACAUGGACUCUUCCAACCCAGGUACAGUAAAGUUUUAAGCUUGUGGGAAGUUCAAAUGUCACCGGUGAUAAUGCAGAUGGAAAAAUUGGCGAUCCCAUGGCGCUUUGAACGAAUCUGUCACUUUCUCCCGAUUGCUUCUGAUGACAGCAUUAGGGAGCUAGCUCGCUCAGCUGGGGCUAAGCUAACUGGCAAGCGAUAGCAGGCUAACAGGGUAUUUGACUUUGACAUUUGACUUGAAGAAUUUAACUAGCUAGCUACUUAGCUAGCUAUUGACGUCUCUGUCUUAUUGCCUUUCUUGCAAAAUCGUAGUUAGCUACCAACCUUGGCAAAUAGCUUGUCAUACUUUUUAGUUGGCAUGACCUGAGCCGGUUAAUGUUGCCAACUCGCAAUGUUCGCUUAGCUAGUUAUCAGUUUUAGCUAGCUAGCUAGCUAGGUGACAGACUUGCGUAAAUUAUGUUCAUAUAGCUAGUUAACUAGCUAGCUAGUUUGAGUCGAUAUUUCAUCAAAACAAGUGUUAUUUUUACCGAACGAUUUGCUCUUUUUUUUUUGCCAGCUAACAGUUAGCUUGUUCUGCUUGGCUACUGUAUUUGUUAGCUAGCUUGCUAACUAAGUUAACGCGUAGCCAUAGGUUUCAUUACCAGAGAGGCAAUAGCUUGCUCGCUAUACUCACAACUGCAAUGGAGAGCUACAGGAUGUGCAUGGUUCAAUCCAGCAUUCACACACCUUCAUUUUAUAUCAAGUCUGACGAUUGGUUGAUUAAGGUGUGUUACUACAUGGCUGCCUGGAACACAAUAUAUACCGGUAGAUAUGUUUAUGGUUAAAUAAGUGAAACAAACAGUUGUUACUGAAGUGGAACACUUGUAGCAUCGUGUAACGUUACGUUGGAUAAUUUCUGUGUGUGUGUGUGUGUUUGUGUGGCAGACAUACCAGAUGACUCACUGGGUUUGGGAGCUGGUGGGGCCCAGUCAAGCAGCAGUGCUGUUGUGCUGAAAGGGUCCAAUAAGAGACGAGCUGCGUGAGUAUAAUUUACAAUGCCAAUGAAUCAGUCAAUGACUGUCACAUAACUUUAACAGAAGGUCUAUAGCUAUGACAGUGCAGGGUAGAAGUUGUCCAUAGGUGCAGAAUCAGAUUCACACAGAUAAAUUGUUGAUCCAUUCUUGUGUGUGUUAGUGUUUGAGAGUUUGUGGGUUACCAUAAUUUUACAAACAUGGAUUAUGUCUACUUCCUCACAGGCCAGACUUCGAUGAUGAUGAUGAUGAUGAUGGAAGCAAGCUCUUCAGGUAGGACUGACACUUGUCUCUCGCUGUUUCUUGCUUUCUCUCUCUUAUCUCUCUCCUUCCCUCUCUCUCUAUCUGACUGUAUUGUGUUGGUUAUUUUGAUGACAGAUCUGCUUCUCUGUCUUUGACCAGGUGUGAUGACGACGGAGGAGGAGGAGGAGGAGGAGGAGACAAAGAGCGAUUUGCCAGGUAGAAUAAGGAGGUUGUUGGUGCGUGUUUGUGCGUGUGUAUAAUACAGAUAUUCUGCAUACACACGUCCCGAGACACCAGAUUCCCUAUCACACCACUGUGAUUCCUGUCACUACUACUAACCCUUCUCUAUCUGCUCAUUUCUGAGCUCAGGGACACCUGUUCACUCCUAUCAAUCCCUUUCUUCUGAGCACAAUCCCUUUCUUCCCCUCCUUCCUUCACUCCCUCCUUCUCUCUCUCAGGAUCUCUGAAGUCUUUUUCUUUCAGCACUUCCUCUCUUCUAUCACUCCUUCUCGCUUUGAAAGACCAGGUUCUCUUGAUCUCUACAUCUAUCUAUCGUAUUGAUGGAUCAUUCACUCCUUGUUAUGUUUAUCAAUCCACGCUUGUUCCACCUACCUCAUCCUAAUCUGCAUAUAUCAUUUGGUUACGCCAACACUAAACUCUACUAAAUGUUGUCCACCUACCUGCCCACCUCUCCCCAUUUAUAUCCAUCCCCCUUUCUCUCUCCUCUUCCUCUUUCUCCCCAUCUCUACCCCAUCCCUGUCCCUCCUCCUUCUCCAUCUCUGCCGCUCCUCCCCCUGCUCUCCACAUCUCUACCCCCAUCUCUGUCCUUCCUACUCUCCUCUCUUCCUCUCCUCCCUCAUUCCCUCGCUCCAGGGAGAACCACAGUGAGAUUGAGCGGCGGCGGAGGAACAAGAUGACCGCUUACAUCACAGAGCUGUCGGACAUGGUGCCCACCUGCAGCGCGUUGGCACGGAAACCAGACAAGCUGACCAUCCUGCGCAUGGCCGUGUCCCACAUGAAGUCUCUGAGAGGGAGCGGCAACACCGCAGCAGACGGGACAUACAAACCAUCCUUCCUCACCGACCAGGUUAGAGAAAGAGAGGGAGAGAAGGAGGAUGGGAGGGAGGAGAUGGGGGUUGAGGGAUGAAAAGGGGAAAAUGUUAUCCUAUGUGUUUAUUGCACAAUAAUAACUGAGUAUCUUCUUCCAUGUCAUCUCUCCCCCCAUCCCCCUCUUUGUAGGAGCUGAAGCACCUGAUCCUGGAGGCUGCUGAUGGCUUCCUGUUUGUGGUGUCAUGUGAGAGUGGGCGGGUCGUCUAUGUGUCAGACUCCCUGACCCCUGUUCUUAACCAAUCGCAGUCCGACUGGCUAGGCUCCUCCCUCUACGACCAGCUGCACCCGGACGACGGAGACAAACUACGAGAGCAGCUCUCUACUGCAGAGAAUAACAAUACAGGUACACACAGGUGGUACAGAUUAUCUACUGGAGCAGCUCUCCACUGCAGAGAGUUAUAAUACAGGUACACACAGGUGGUACAGAUUAUCUACAGGAGCAGCUCUCCACUGCAGACAGUUAUAAUGCAUGUACACACAGGUGGUACAGAUUAUCUACAGGAGCAGCUCUCCACUGCAGAGAGUUAUAUACAGGUACACAUGGUACAGGACUACAGGAGCAGCUCUCUACUGCAGAGUUAUAAUACAGGUACACACAGGUGGUACAGAUUAUCUACAGGAGCACUCUCCACUGCAGAGAGUUAUAAUACAGGUACACACAGGUGGUACGAUUAUCUACAGGAGCAGCUCUCCACUGCAGAGAGUUAUAAUACAGUACACACAGGUGGUACAGAUUAUCUACAGGAGCAGCUCUCUACUGCAGAGAAUAAUAAUACAGGUACACACAGGUGGUACAGAUUAUCUACAGGAGCAGCUCUCCACUGCAGAGAGUUAUAAUACAGGUACACACAGGUGGUACAGAUUAUCUACAGGAGCAGCUCUCCACUGCAGAGAGUUAUAAUACAGGUACACACAGGUGGUACAGAUUAUCUACAGGAGCAGCUCUCCACUGCAGAGAGUUAUAAUACAGGUACACACAGUGGCACAAUUAUCUACAGAGCACUCUCCACUCAAGAUUAUAAUACGGUAAGAGGAAACACCUCUCUCACACAACACUAAUGAUUGUAGGUAACGUCUCUCUCUCUCUCCCUCUCUCUCUCUCUCUCUCUCUCUCACUCUCUCUCUCUCCCUAAGGGAGGAUGUUAGACCUGAAGACAGGAACAGUUAAGAAGGAGGGACAGCAGUCCUCCGUCAGGAUGUGUAUGGGAGCCAGACGAUCCUUCAUCUGUAGGAUGAGGUGUGUGUGCUGUGUGUGUGCUGAGCUUGCGUGUGUGUAUAUGGCUGUAUGCACCUGUGUUGGGAGUGUGCAUUCUGAAAUGUGUGUGUUUGUAGGUGUGGUUCGUGUCCAGUGGAGCCCAUGUCUAUGAACAGAUUGAAUUUCCUGAGGAGCGGGAACAGGUGAGAUAAUUCUGGCUUUAUAAACAUUAUAUUACAUUAAACUUCACUGGUUUCAACCUGACUUAUAUAUUUUACCGUAAAAGGUGAAUGUAUAGACCCAUGGGGCGGCGCGCACAAUUGGCCCAGCGUCGUCCAGGGUAGGGGAGGGAAUGGCCGGCAGGGGAUGUAGCUCAGUUGGUAGAGCAUGGCGUUUGCAACGCCAGGGUUGUGGGUUCGAUAAAAAAAUAAUGUAUGCACUAACUGUAAGUCGCUCUGGAUAAGAGCGUCUGCUAAAUGACUAAAAUGUAAAAUGUAUAGUGAACUAUGGCUUGACUGGUAGUGUUCUCCCCUCUUUCUCUCCCCUGUAGGAGUGGUCUGGGCCCAACCAAGGAUGGGGAGCCUCAGUAUGUGGUGGUCCACUGCACCGGAUACAUCAAGUCCUGGCCCCCCACAGGUAACUAACUAACUAACCUAUGGCUCAGCUCUUAUUUCCAAUGUAUACACCACUGCUGCAUACUGAGUCGUGUGUGUGUGUAUGUGUGUGUGUGUGUUUUUCAGGGGUGAAUCUAACAGAUGAAGAGGCAGACAAUAUUCAGGGGAGUCACUACAGUCUAGUGGCCAUCGGUAGACUUCAGGUAAGAUGGGACAACUUAAAGUCCAAUGUUUGGAUGGGCUCAUGCAACCACUAUCUUACAGACACUUGUUCUACCCUUGUUGUCUAGGUGACCUCUUGUCCGAGCGACACAGACAUAAACAGCAUCAGCGUUCCGGUGGAGUUCAUCUCUCGUCACAACUGCCAGGGCCUCUUUACCUUCGUAGACCACCGCUGCAUGGCCACAGUGGGCUACCAGCCUCAGGUAGGCCUCACUCACAGCCUGGGGCUAGAGUAGGACACACACCCAGCAUUGCAUUUCAUAGUGUAUCAGGAUACAGUACACUACCGUUCAAAAGUUUGGAAAUUUCCUUGUUUUCGAAAGAAAAGCAAUUUUUUUGUCCAUUAAAAUAACAUCAAAUUGAUCCGAAAUACAGUGUAGACAUUGUUAAUGUUGUAAAUGGCUAUUGUAGCAGGAAAUGGCUGAUUUUUAAUGGAAUAUCUACAUAGGCGUACAGAGGCCCAUUAUCAGCAAUGUGUUCCAAUGGCACGUUGUGUUUGCUAAUCCAAGUUUAUCAUUUUAAAAGGCUAAUUGAUCAUUCGAAAACCCUUUUGCAAUUAUGUUAGCACAGCUGAAAACUGUUGUGCUGAUUAAAGAAGCAAUAAAACUGGCCUUCUUGAGACUAGUUAAGUAUCUGGAGUAUCAGCAAUUGUGGGUUCGAUUACAGGCUCAAAAUGGCCAGAAACAAAUAACUUUCUUCUGAAACUCGUCAGUCUAUUCUUGUUCUGAGAAAUUAAGGCUAUUCCAUGCAAGAAAUUGCCAAGAAACUGAAGACCUCAUACAACGCUGUGUACUACUCCCUUCACAAAACCGCGCAAACGGGCUCUAACCAGAAUAGAAAGAGGAGUGGGAGGCCCCGGUGCACAAAUGAGCAAGAGGACGAAUACAUUAGUGUCUAGUUUGAGAAACAGACGCCUCACAGGUCCUCAACUGGCAGCUUCAUUAAAUAGUACCGCAAAACACCAGUCUCAACGUCAACAGUGAAGAGGCGACUCCGGGAUGCUCCGGGAGUUGCAAAGAAAAAGCCAUAUCUCAAACUGGCCAAUAAAAAGAAACGGUUCAGAUGGGCAAAAGAACACAGCCACUGGACAGAGGAAGAUUGGAAAAAAGUGUUAUGGACAGACGAAUCAAAGUUUGAGGUGUUCGGAUCACAAGGAAGAACAUUUGUGAGAUGCAGACCAAAAUGAAAAGAUGCUGGAGGAGUGCUUGAUGCCAUCUGUCAAGCAUGGUGGAGGCAAUGUGAUGGUCUGGGGGUGCUUUGGUGGUGGUAAAGUGGGAGAUUUGUACAGGGUAAAAGGGAUCUUGAAGAAGGAAGGCUAUCACUCCAUUUUGCAACGCCAUGCCAUACCCUGUGGACGGCGUUUGAUUGGAGCCAAUUUCCUCCUACAACAGGACAAUGGCCCAAAGCACAGCUCCAAACUAUGCAAUAACUAUUUAGGGAAGAAGCAGUCAGCUGGUAUUCUGUCUAUAAUGGAGUGGCCAGCACAGUCACCGGAUCUCAACCCUAUUGAGCUGUUGUGGGAGCAGCUUGACCGUAUGGUACGUAAGAAGUGCCCAUCAAGCCAAUCCAACUUGUGGGAGGUGCUUCAGGAAGCAUGGGGUGAAAUCUCUUCAGAUUACCUCAACAAAUUGACAACUAGAAUGCCAAAGGUCUGCAAGGCUGUAAUUGCUGCAAAUUGAGGAUUCUUUGACGAAAGCAAAGUUUGAAGGACUCAAUUAUUAUUUAAAUUAAAAAUCAUUAUUUCUAACCUUGUCAAUGACUACAUUUCCUAUGCAUUUUGCUAUAUUUCCUAUUCAAACUCAUUUCAUGUAUGUUUUCAUGGAAAACAAGGACAUUUCUAAGUGACCCCAAACUUUUGAAUGGUAGUGUAUGUGUUUAUACUGUGUGACAGCUGUAAGCUUGAUCUAACUUUUUCUGUGUUGUGUGUGUGUGUGUUGGCGCGUGUGUGUGUGUUCCCCAGGAACUGCUGGGUAAGAACAUCUUGGAGCUGGCCCACCCUGAGGACCAGGGUCUGCUGAGAGACAGCUUCCAGCAGGUGGUCAAGCUGAAGGGUCAGGUGCUGUCCGUCAUGUUCCGCUUCCUGUCCAAGGCCAGAGACUGGCUGUGGAUUAGGACCAGCUCCUUCACCUUCCAGAACCCCUUCUCUGAGGAGAUAGAGUACAUAAUCUGUACCAAUGCCAACGUCAAGUACGUGCUGUAUAUAUACACACACACACACACAUUUGCACCAACGCAAACUUCAAGUACCUACACACACACACACACACACACAUGCAUUACCUGCUCCAAUGCAAGUCACCUGAGUGCGAGACGCCUACAACACACAGACACCACAACUCUAUUCCACCUCAACAUCUGAACAGCUUCACUCUGUUUAACCAAUCUGUUGAGCCACCUUAGGAAAUGUGAUGUCAUCUCUUCCAGGAUGUGUGUUUGUCAGUAUAUGUUCACCUCCCCCUCCCCUCCAUACCCCCUUCAAAGAAAUCAUUCUCUCCCUUCCUCUCCUCCUCACCCCUUGUUUUUGUUGUGGGCCAGUAGAACCUCGACUCAGGACCCCCUCACCCCCAUCUCGUCCUCGGGGGUGUCUUUGCCUCCCUCGCUGGGGGAGAGCAGUCCUAACUGCCCCCCUGUGGCCCUCAGCCCAGGGCAGGUGGCUGCCAGGUGAGACCAGACCCCCUCCACCCCCUCUGGCAUGGGUCAGCUGGGGCUGCUGCUUCACUGGAGACUACACCUCUCUAUUUCUCUCUUGUUUCCCUUUAUUUUAUUGUUCUCUCUGGUCUGGUCCAGAGUUCACCCCUUGGUAAGGGCUGUGGAUUGUUACUUGACUUGACCGGGUCUUUCUGUUUUGGGGUGAUUUUCCCCUCCCUCUCCCUCCUCUACAGUAGUAGGAUAUCCAUCAUGACCAAGGUGUUGGUUACGAUCCCCCCUCUCCCCUCUCCUCUCUUCUUCUUGGUUACCAUGGUGACUGGUGGUGGAAUGAGUGCUGUUGGUCGGCAGGUGUUUUUGGUUUCCCGAGCAACGGUGGAGGGCCUUGACGAAAUUAUAUUUUCUGUUGUCACUGCUAACUUUUCUCCCUCUACCACUCCCUCUCCUCUUUUCUCCCUCUACCACUCCCUCUCUUUUCUCCCUCUUUUCUCUCUCUACCACUCCCUCUCUUUUCUCCCUCUUUUCUCUCUCUACCACUCCCUCUCUUUUCUCCCUCUACCCUCUAAAAUGCCUCUACCCUCUCUUUUCUCCCCUUUUUCUCCGUCUCUAAACUCUCCUCGCCACUCCUCUUUUUUCCUUUCCCUAUUUUCUCCCCUACCACUCCCACUAUUUAUACCCCUCUAUCUCCAUUUCUCACCCCUCUUUUCCCCGUUUUUCUCCUAACUAACUAACAACUCCCUCUCUUUUCUCCACUCCUCUCCCUCCCUCUCUCUACCACUCCUCUAGUUUCUCCUCUGUUGCUCCCUCUACCAAACAACCCUCUUUUCUCCCUCGCUCCCCCUUUACAGGCAGUUGCAGCAGCAGCAGGCAGAGUUGGAGGGAGGAGGGAGAGAUGGUCUGUACGAGGCAGGACAGGUUACACUUCCACAGGUAUGACUAACACUGACUAACACACACACCUAUCUGCCCCCACGUGGCCCUCAGCGCAGGGCGGUAGGUAGCCCAGCAGCUAAGGAGUCGAAAGGUGGCUGGUUCGAAUCCCAUGCCGGGCUCUGGGGAAAAAAGGGGGGAGUGAUCUGGCAACUGGAGGGCGGCUGGGUUCACGUCCUCAAGACUUUCCCCUACCCACACAACAUGCUCUCCAUCCAGGGGGAUGACCCUGUGCUCAUCUCAACUGUAUGUGUGAUGUGUGCUGUCUCGGGGGGGGGGCAGAAGACACAUUUCCAUUGUUCGACGUAACAUGGACAUUGUUGUACCUACCUCCAAGCCUUUAGUGAGUAUUGACUGCUGGUUGACCGUUGUCCAUGUCAGAUGCCUGUCCAGGCGGUGACCGCAGCUGGAACUGACCACAGUAAGACCAUGGACAAGGCAGAGCUGUACCCCUCCCCAGACCAGGCCAAGGUCCUGCCCUCCACCUCUGCCCCCGGAGUACCCAUCUACCCUCAGGGCAACAACAGCUACACCGCUGCCAACCGCUCCAAAGACACAUACAUCAGGUAUGACCAUUACCCCCUGUUGUACUGUUUUAAACUGAUCUAAGGGCAAUGUAUACUGAAUAAGCUAUUCUAAUUUCCUGUUCCUGUUGUUAUGAACUAAUUCCAGGUCAGUGGGGAUGGCCCCUCAGAUGGUGCAGCCGUCCCACUCUGCAGGCCAGAUGCUGGCUCAGAUGUCCCGUCAGAACGGGGCACCCCCCUCCAACAGCAGCCCCCUACAGGGAGGGGUAGCGGUGGGCUGGCCGGGGGCAGUAGCGGGGGCUAGACCCCCCUUCCACAACCAGGUGAGAUAGCUGGUAGCUGCAGGUAGAAGGUUGUCCAAACAGCCUGAAGUUUAUAUCCUCUGUUUUUGCCCAAAGUGCUACAGAUGUACAAUCUUAAUUUAAGACCGUUUUCUACAGCAGGAAAAUAAUCCUGCAGCAACAGGAAAUGUGAAUUAUGUGGAUUAUAAUGAAUAUACUUUUUUUUUAGGGGUUGAUACAUUCAAGUCUGUAAUUUCAAAUAGGAAAUUACAAACGUCAGAAGCUUUUUUUAAACCUCAAAUACAAUAAAAGUUUAAAAUUUGCUGCAUUGCAGGAAAGUUAUCCUGCAACAGGGUGAUCAAAUUUAAAAUCUGUAGCUGGCGUGAUGGGGAUGAGUGCCCUGAGUGUCUUGCAUCUCUGUAUCUUAGCGUUGUAAAGGACCAAAUAUUUUAUUCCCCUGUGUAAUCCAUGUUUUGAGGAUCACACCCCUGACAGUUUCACUAGUAAAUGCAUAGAAGAAACCUUGUACAUUCAUAAAGUGUGAAUAAUAACAUUGUGUUUUUCUGUGUUCUCCUCCCGCCCAGCAGGUGGUGCCCCAGGCAGGGAAGGCUCUGUCUCCCCAGUUUGCCAUGGGGAGUUUUGGGGGGGGCUCGUCCUCCUCAUUCGGGGUGAUGCCCCCCACUACUGCUCCGACCCCCACCACGGGGGCUAACUACCCCAACAUCAACCGCUGCGCCAGCCUCAAUACCAACGGAUAUGGUACGCGACCCUGAGAGAGAGAGAGAGAGAGAGAGUGUGUGUGUCCAACAACUACAGUACAGUGUUUUUAUGUGUUUGUGUAUCCUGGUGUAGUUAGGUACUGACCCUCCCUUUGUCCUGCCUCUGUCAGAUGGCUUGGGGUCGGGGCAGCAGUUCCCCUCCAGGGCAGAGGAGGCAGUGUGGCCCCAGUGGCAGGGCCAGCAGCAAACUCAGAACAGGGCAGAGCAGCACCCCCACGCACAGAACAACCAGCCUGACAUCUUCCCUGUAAGUCACUACUCCUCUCUCUCUGUCUCUCUCUCUCUCUCUCUUCUCCAUCUCUCUUUGUUUCUCUCCUUCUGACUGUACGUUUUGUUAUGUGUUGUCAUGUUGCUUUGAAGUUUAAUCUCUCUCUUUCUCUCCCUCUCUCUCUCUCUCUCUCUCUCUCUCUCUCUCUCUUUCUCUCUAGGAUGUUCUCGCCAUGCUGGACCAGCCGGCCAACUUCAACAACGAUGACUUUGAGAUGCCCAUCUACCCCUCUUUCAACGAGUGACCCCAAAUACACUCCUCCACUGACCUCUCUAUCUCUCAAAUGUUUCCUUCUCUCUCGUUUGGUGCUCUUUUGCUCUCUUUCUUUGCCUUUUCUGAUCUAAAGAGAGCAUGUCUAAAUAUUGGUCAGAUGAUUGCACUGCCAGGAUGGAGAGAGCGAGUUUAAUCAGGGAAAAGUAAGAGUGAAAUCAAGUAGAGGUAUGCAAACGCAGGUUUAAUAAACACGUAAAAGGCCAGAGGAAGAAAGGGAGAGAGAAAAGCGAGUCAGGGUUCAACGAUAGUUGGGCAAAUGUAAAAUGACACAUCUGUAACUAGCACUGCCCAAAGCUCCACAACCAAUGGAUUUGUUGUAGAGAUGCAACACACAAUCACACCUGAGCAAGCACAAGGCCAGACACUGAGGCAGGCGCUGCUUCACCAGUAACACACAAACAUGGCCUUUCAGUAACAGAGUCAGAUGUGUGUUUAGAUCUGUGCUGCUCCACUGAUCUGUACAUCAUAUGGCAUAGAUCAGUCCAAUCAUUCACUUGAACUCUCAGGCAAUCCAGGUGAUCUACAGCUUUCGGGGAAUAUGUGCACUUCUGAUCUCAUGCCUGUGAAUAUCCUCUGUCUGUGCUCCCCUCGCUGUUUUAGCUUAGCAACCCUUAGCAUGUUCAAGAGAACACUGUCCUCACGCAGACUUUUUAAACUUUGGGCAGAUUUAUACGAACACUUUUCUAUUUGUACACAGGGUACAUUGGCGAUGUCACCUAUGAAUGGGGUUAUGGUGGUUUCAGGUGGAAGAGAGGGGGAGAGAGAGUCAGAGGUCUAUGA